AUGCGGUGCAGCGCCUUUAGGAAGGCGCUCGCUCCGUCCUCGCCGUAUUCCGUUUUCGCUCGAACGCAUUGCCGACGAAUACUCUCCUCUUUACGUUCUCUCCCUUCUUUUUCUUUUUCUUCUUCUUCUUCUUCUUCUUCACAAGAAGAAACAACUGUUCCUAGAGUGACUUUGAAUCGAGUUCCAAAAGAAGAGACCGAACGAAUCGCAGAGAUAUUGGAAGAACUUGGCUACACAGACUUUGCGCAAGUGAAUGACGACGCGCUCAAAGGUACCGAUGACGAAGAAGAGAUUUUCUACUCCAGAGAUUCGAAAGGGAACGAUUGGAUCCACAAAAAAUGGUCGUUUAAUAACGUACAGUUGUAUUUUAGCAAAGAAGUUCUGGUGAGAGACGUGAGAAAAGCAGUUAAACAACUCGAAACCUAUUUAGGACCGCUGAACGCUGUUUACGACAAUGUUGACGCGAACAAUUGGCAGAGUGUGAUAUUGGACUCCUACAAAGACAUCGUCGUAGACGACGAAUUUAUCAUACGAUGCAUGAAGUCUAGCGAUGAAAAUCAGAAACAGAAGAACAAAACAUACAAAACGGAAAUAGUACUGACGCCAGGCGUGGCCUUUGGCACAGGGGAUCACCCGACGACGCUUUUGUGUUUGCAGUUUCUGAAAAGACACAUCAAAGCAAGCGAUGAGGUCGUUGAUUUUGGUUGUGGAACGGGAAUUCUCGCGAUUGGUGCUCUUAAGUUAGGUGCCGCGAGAGCGUAUGGAGUAGACAUUGAUGCUAUAGCGGUUGAAUCGGCCAAGUCCAACGCGCUCAUCAACGGCGUCCAAGACAGAUUCAAAGCUGUGCUCGGCGACGGGAUGGAACCUGACGCCGAGGAACCAAAAGACGUGGACGUACUCGUAGCAAAUAUUCUGAUAACGCCAAAUCUAGAACUGUCGUCCAAGUUUGUUAAAAUGACUCGAAAAGGAGGGAAAAUAGGAUUGUCUGGUAUAUUAGCCGGAAAACAAGCGGAGGAAGUAAUUGAAAAAUAUUCUUCGGAAGGCUGCGCAGAGUUUGAAGUUUACGAGAAGGAUGAAUGGGUAUGCAUAGAAUGCACCGUGCUGUGA